GGGGGGAAAAAACCCCAACAAACAAAAACAAAACCAAAAAAAACCCAAACAAGGACAAGGAAGAGCUUGGACUGGAGCCAAAGGGGGGGGAGUCUGGAUCGCGACGGAGGGGACCCUGGGCUCCUCAGGAAGCCUGUGCCCAGCGAGGAGACCCCCCCCCCCGCCCCCCACGACCACCACCCAGCGCUGGAGCUGGAGACCCCGGAGCCCGGGCCAGCCACGGGGAGCAGCAGCAGCAUCCCCAGGGCCACCCAGCCCCGCACCCCCCUCUCCGCCAGCGGGGAGCAGGCGAGACGUUGAGCCGCUGGAUUUGUUACCUUCCUGGGACAUCCGAGGGACUCUCUUCCUCCUCCUCCUCCUCCCCUCACCCCAUGGCCCCCCCCCACCUCCCCGCGGCCACCGGCUGAGCCUGCCCUGCGGCAUUCCCGACUCCGCAGGCUGCAGCCCGACCCCGCUCCCCGUUCCCAGGCAGAGCCCCCCCCCGGCCCCGCAGGGAGGCGAGCGUGAGGCUGGGACUUCCUCGGCGGCAGGGGAACGUUAAGAUGUUGAAAGCUCCCCCCAGGCCGAGAGGGGCUGCGAGGACACCAGGCCACCCGGUUAGCGGGGAGCAGGAUGGACAGAGCCGCUGGGGCCGGGAACCGAGGCCGGUAGGGAAGGAUGGACUCCCAGACCUGCCAGGACAGGCAGCCCAGUGAGCACCCCAGCAGCAGCAAGUGUAGCAGCAGCAGCAGCAGCAGCAGCAGCAGCAGCAGCAGCAACAGCAAGAGUCAUUGUGAAAGGGAAAGGAUCCGGAGUCGGAUGAAAAUGGUGAUAGGACAACUGGAAGGCAUCUUACAGGAGCUCAAGGAGGUGGCCAAAGAGCUCCGGGAGGUGGUGAGCCAGAUCGACCGGCUGACCUCCGACUUCGACCUGGAGCUGGAGCCGGACGACUGGACGACGGCCACGGCCAGCAGCACCUCCAGCAGUGACAAAGGGGGGGCCACCUUCGAGCUGGGCCCCCUGGAUUUCCCCACCUCCGACAUCCUUUCCGACAGCUGGGAAUUCUGCUCCUUCCUGGACACGUCCACCCCUUCCGAUCCCGGCGACGCUCCCGACCCCGCCAGGCCGCCGCUCGGCCGGCCCGAUUACCGGCUGAUGAACGGGGGGAUCCCCAUCACCAACGGGCCCCGGGGAGGGGGAACCCCGGAUUCAUCCGGCGAGGAAACCUUCAGCCAGAAGAUCCCCCCUCCCCGACCAGCCGGGGCGCGGGAACGGGUCCGGUUCAGCGACAAGGUGCUUUACCAUGCUCUGUGCUGCGACGACGACGGCGGCGCCGUGUCCCCGGGGGAUGAUGGCCCCCAGGAACCCGGCCGCAAGGGCUUGGUGGGGCCACCCUCCAAGCAUCCUGCCACCACUGGUGGUGGUGGUGGUGGUGGUGGUGGUCCCUCGACACGGAGGCUGACGAGGAACAGCAGCACCCAGACCGUGGCAGAUAAAAGUACCCAGACGGUGCUGCCUUAUAUCCCGGCCAAGCAGAGAAUCAAACACAAAAACUGACCCUGGCUCCACCAGAUGGAUUUGG